GCGGUGCAUUGUGGGCGCGGUCGCGGCAGGAAGAUGGCGGACCUGGCGAACGAAGAAAAACCUGCCAUUGCUCCACCUGUCUUUGUAUUUCAGAAGGAUAAAGCACAGAAGUCCCCUGCAGAGCAAAAAGCUUUGUCGGAUUCAGGCGAGGACCCCCAGGGAGAGGUUGAGCCCCUCCACCAUGGUGUGGGUCAUACAGAACCAGCUGGUGAGCGCGACUCUGAGCACCCUGCUCCCACUGUGGCCUCAGUCAGUGCUACCCUGAGUCCCGCUUCUGAAGCCCAACUUGCUCCUAUUCAACUGGCAGGGAGAUCAGCAGAUGGAUCAAGUCCAGAAGAUGGAGAUGAAUCUGAUCGAGAGGAUGGAAGCUACUGUCCCCCUGUAAAACGGGAGAGAACUUCGUCCUUAACGCAGUUCCCUCCUCAGUCAGUAACAAAGAACAAUGUCUUUAUGCCAUCAAGCUUCUGUGAACCCUCUACAGGCAAUUCUGACUCAGAACCAGAGGAAAAGAGCAGUGGAUUCCGGCUGAAGCCACCAAUACUUAUCCAUGGUCAGGCACCUAGUGCAGGUCUCCCUAGCCAGAAACCGAAGGAACAGCAGCGAAGUGUGCUCCGUCCAGCAGUAUUACAGGCACCACAGCCAAAAGCUUUCUCACAAAUGGUUCUCAGCAGUGGCACUAAUGGUGUAAAUAUCCCGCCAGAUUCUGCAGCCACAUCAGAAUUACCAAGUGAUACAACACUGAAAAGUUCUGACUCUGAAGAGAAGGCAGAAGAAUGUCAGAAAAAGGAGUCCAACAAUACUUCAGAUAACAGCUGUGAGAAGGCUGAACUAAAUGCACAGCAAGCAUUUGUAUUUGGGCAAAACUUAAGAGAUAGAGUUAAGCUAGGAGACGAAGGCGAUGAAACUGCUGAUGUGCAGAAUGCUGGCCUUCCUACAUCAGAUACACCUUCUGCAACUAACUAUUUUCUACAGUACAUCAGUUCCAGUGUAGAGAGCUCUACAAACAGUGCAGAUGCAUCUAGCAACAAGUUUGUUUUUGGCCAGAACAUGAGUGAGCGAGUCCUAAGUCCACCAAAAUCAAAUGAAGGUAGUACAGAGAGUAAUAAGGAGAACGCUGCUACAGAGUCUGGGUCUGAAUCGUCUUCUCAGGAGGCCACGCCAGAGAAAGCUAAUAAUAUUUCAGAAUCACUGGCAGAGUCUGCAGCAGCCUAUACUAAAGCAACAGCAAGGAAGUGUUUAUUAGCGAAGGUAGAAGUGAUUACUGGGGAGGAAGCUGAAAGUAACGUGUUACAGAUUCAGUGCAAGCUGUUUGUAUUUGAUAAAAGCUCUCAGUCUUGGGUGGAAAGAGGUCGAGGACUCCUGAGACUCAAUGAUAUGGCCUCAACAGAUGAUGGAACGUUACAGUCUCGACUGGUGAUGAGGACUCAGGGGAGUCUCAGGUUAAUCUUAAAUACCAAGCUCUGGGCUCAGAUGCAGAUUGAUAAAGCCAGUGAGAAGAGUAUCCGGAUCACUGCCAUGGAUACAGAGGACCAAGGAGUUAAAGUUUUUCUUAUAUCAGCGAGCUCUAAAGAUACAGGGCAGUUGUUUGCUGCUUUGCACCAUCGCAUCUUGGCCUUGCGGAGUAGAGUGGAACAAGAGCAAGAAGUUAAGAAUGUAGCACCUGAGCCAGAGGUAACACAGUCAAAUGAGGAAGACAGUGAUGAUGAUGUCAUUGCACCUUCAGGAUCAGUUGGAAGUGGUCCCAAUGAUGAAGGUGACGGGCAGAACGUUGGCAGCACAUAGCAGAUGUGAGCCAAUCUGCUUGCAAGGCUGCUAUGAACACCAUCUUGCAGGCAUCUCUGGGCACCCCAGGCCAGCGAUUAUUUCAGGCAGUGUCGAAGGCUCCAGGACUUAAGAACUGUGCAUCCCUGUUCUGUUUGUUUGAUUUUUUGGUCUGGAUCAGUAGAUUCCACACAAAAAAAAGCAGACUUGGAAACUACCUGAAUGUGGUUUGGGACGUUGAAAGCUCAUCAUAUUGAUGAGCAAAAAAACAAAAACAAAAAAAACACAACACAAAAAACCCCAACCCCAGAACAAAACAAAAAAAUCCCCCAGCCAUCCCCAAGCAUUUCCCCUCUUCCUUGUAAUUGAAAUGGCACAUUACAGCUUGUCACAGCUUUUCAUUGGGACCUUUUGACUGUUUCUUCAGUAGUUCGUGUCUUGCAGGCCUCCGAGAUAGAACUUUUCGAUGCGGUUCCAACUUGAAUUCUGCUUUUGUAACCUCUACUCCCCCUUAUGCAGGGAAACUGUGUCUUCACCAAUUCCUAUGCUCACUGGCUGCCCUUUUGGGUUUCUUCUCUUUUUGGACUGCAGAUGGGGCAGGUUAUGUUUUUACCUUUUAAUCCCAACAUAGGUUGUGGACACCAUUGUUCCCUGUCUAGUGGGUUUGUAAACGGAGAGAAACAAAACAUUGUGGUUCACCAGAAAAGCUUUUUUAAUGCAGUAAUAAGAGACUUUAAAGCCCACAGGAUGUUUUGCUAACUCCUUUCUUUCUUCCCAUUUCAUUGUUAUUAUUUGGGGAUUUAUAUUGUGGUGAUACUUUUUUAUUUUAGUUUUUCAAUAAGAUGCUCUUGUGUGUUGAAAAAGUGAAACUAUUGUUUUGUACUGUUCUAUUUAAGGGAGAGCUAAGCCACUAUAAAUAAUAGAUGUUGCAUACAAUUUUUCUUAGAAAAUUAUGUUUCUGUGGCUACAGUAAAGUCUAGGAGGCAUACAGAUUACACCUUCAGAAAAGCUGAUGAGGAAAUAGCUGUUAGCCCUUGGAAGAAUAAAAUUAGGCUCAUGUAAUGAGCUCCACCAGCCAUUAAAAUAAAUUGUAUAACAAAGCAGCUCUCAUUUAAUGGCUUGAUUCAACAAGCCAUUUAAGCACUUGCCUGACUUAACUACAUGUGAGUAAUCUUACUGAAGUCAAUGCAAUCUUCAUGCUUAAAGUUGAGGACAUUUUUAAAUAUCUUGCUGAAUUAAUGGCCUUAAAUAGAAAAUAUAACUUCUAACCCUUCCUGUCCCUGUUCUGUUUUCUUUUUCCCUGUUCAGUCUUGCAGCAUGAAGAGAAAGGUAAUACUGCCAGCCUUGAGUAAUUUGGGCUGAAGGUUAUUGUAUUCUGUUCCACCAAAAUAAAAGCAAGAAUGUGUUUUCCUGUGUGUAA